AUGAGCAUGUCUUUCUUCAGAAUUGGUGUCGACGUAGGCGGCACUAACACCGACGCCGCGAUCCUGGACGUGACCGCCGCCGAUAGUCCGGGAAGGGGAGUUUUGGCUUCGCAUAAGGCCCCUACGACCGUAGACAUCACCAGCGGCAUUGAAGUAGCGAUCCGCGCGGUGCUUACGAAAUCUGGUGUCGACCAACGCCGUAUGCUGAGUGUCACGGUGGGUACUACGCACUUCAUCAACGCCCUGGUGGAAGCGGAUGCUAGGAGACUCGACCGGGUCGCAGUCUUUCGUCUCUGUGGCCCCUUUACCAGACAGAUCCCGCCGUUUUCUGACUUCCCGGUUGGACUGCGCCGGAUCUUAGAUGGCGGCGCGUACUACCUGGACGGCGGGUUUGAGAUCGAUGGGCGGGAGAUUCUACCGCUGAAUCCGACGCAAAUCCAGAGCGUCACGAGAGAUAUCGUCGCUUCUGGCGUGUCGUCCGUGGCACUUGUAGGCGUCUUCUCGCCGCUGGACCAUCAGGGUCUGCAAGAGGAGACAUGCCGGAAGCUGAUGCUUCAAGAGACACCGGGGCUGAGGAUUGUGUGCUCACGCGAUAUCGGACCUACGGGCUUGCUCGAGCGGGAGAACGCUACCAUCCUUAACGCGUCGAUUCUGCGGACGGGCGCCCAGGUGACAGGAGGGUUCAAGAGGGCCAUGGUGCGCCUGAGUCUGUCCUGCCCCCUAUAUCUCUCGCAGAAUGAUGGCACGCUGAUCGAUGCGGACACCGCGGCAAGGUUCCCGAUCAAGACGUUCGCCAGCGGUCCCACUAACAGCAUGACGGGGGCUGCCUUCCUGGCAGGUAUUGAUCGGAAAACCCAGAACGAUGCAGCGGUUGUCGAUUCUGACGAAGAAGACUCCGCCGUGCCCCAGGUCCUUGUGGUUGACAUAGGAGGCACCACGACGGACGUCUGCGCCCUGCUGCCGUCAGGGUUCCCCCGGCAAGCGCCGGGCUUCGUUGAGGUCGGUGGUGUGCGCACUGCGUUUUCCAUGCCCGAAGUCGUGUCUAUCGGUCUUGGCGGCGGCAGCAAGGUGAAACUCUGCGACCAGCUAAGCGAAGGGGUCAUGGUAGGCCCCGAAUCCGUCGGUCACCGGAUCCAGGAGGAGGCCCGGGUGUUCGGAGGCUCAACGGUGACGGCCACCGACAUCAUGGUCGCGCUUGGUAAGGCCCAACUAGGCGACGUGGAGAUAGUCCGAGAUAUUCCACAGGCCACCGUAGCGAGGGCGCACCAGAAGAUCAAGCAGUCCCUUGAGGGUGUUAUUGAACGGAUGCGAGUAUCGUCGGCUCCCGUUCACGUUCUUUUGGUGGGUGGCGGUUCUCUCCUUGUAGCAGAGAACCUGAGAGGAGUAGACAAAUGCAUUCGGCCCAUCCAUGAAGGGGCAGCUAAUGCCGUCGGUGCUGCCAUAGCCAAAGUAUCUGGCGAAGUAGACUCCAUAGAGAUUCCUGCCGGAAGAGACGAGAAGACCAUCGUUGACGCCGCGCGGCAAAGCGCAAUCGAAGCGGCCGUAGCUAAAGGGGCCAGACGAGACGAUGCCAAGAUUGCGGAGAUUACCAAAACGCCCCUCCAGUACGUUGAUAAUGGAGCUAUGAGGAUACAGGUAAGGGCCGUGGGAUCCCUGGCUAUUCCGGAAUCACUGCCUUCGCGAUCUAUGGAGUCGUUGGUAGUCGACGGCAAGGCGGACCGGGAGCAGGAGGAGGACGACGAGCCAGGUGGUGAGGUUGGUCUACCAGAUGCCCAGGAGCCCACCGUGAGGCCCUGUCUAAACAUAGAUCUUGACUCGUACUACCCAGACGUCCGCGGCGGCGUCUGGUAUGUUUCAGAGGCAGACCUAGAGAUGAUCUCGACCGGGUGCGGCAUCCUGGGCACCGGCGGCGGCGGGCCCACACACCAUGAGUUCCUGAAGAGCCUACACGCCCUGCGUACGAGUCGGCCAGGGAAACUGAGGAUCAUCUCACCAAAGGCGCUCCGGGAUAAUGACAUCGUCAGUUUCGGGUCUUGGUACGGCAGUCCCAGCGUCAUCAACGAGCGUAUCGCGGGAGGCAAUGAGAUCAUUGAAGGUAUUGAGGCUGUCAAUAAGAUACAGGGCAACAAGUCCUUCAAUGUUCUGCUGCUGGACGAAGUAGGUGGUGGCAAUGGGCUGAGUAUCUUCCCUCCGGCCGUACAUUUUGACGUCCCGGUCGUGGACGGAGACUCGAUGGGGAGAGCGUACCCAACCAUGUACCACUCUACGUUCAGUGUAUAUGGGCACAGUCUAGCGCCCUGCGUGCUCUCAGAUGCCCGCGGUAACAUAUCAGUCGUCAUGAAUACGGAUACACCAGCGCGACUGGAGAGAAUUCUACGGACCACGGCGAUCGAGCUCGGCCUUGGUUGCGCCGUGUGCGCGAAGCCUCUAGCUGGCUCUGUGAUCAAGGAGUAUGCGGUGCCAAAUACGAUCUCGCAAGCAUGGUUCUUGGGGAAAGCCGUGCAUCUGGCUCGAAGGAAGAAGACCAGUCACGUCGACGCUAUUUUUGCUGAGGUUGCGGGAACGCUGCUGUACAAUGGCAAGAUCGUCGAUGUGCAGCGUUACAUCGGAGGCGGCUACACGAUGGGCACCGUCAUCAUUGCACCGGCAGAUGACGGAGAAGUAGACUCGUCGCCCGGACGGAGCCGGCUAGGCGCAUCAGCUCCGCCGCGGGAUCGACGCCGCAUGCGGAUCCCGUUUCAGAACGAAUACCUGUACGCGGCGCUCUCGGCGGACGGGUCCGAGGCUGGGCAAGAGGUCGUCUGCACGGUGCCGGACCUAAUUUCGAUCUUGGGGCAGGACGGCGAGGCCAUCGGAUCCCAGGACCUGCGCUACGGGCUGCAGGUCGACGUGAUCGCGCUGCCCGCCCACCCGCUCUGGAAAAGCGCCGCGGGCUUAAACGUCGGCGGGCCGGAGGGAUUCGGUCUCAGUAUGCCGUUCGUUGGAGUGAGCGAGAGCUUUACGGAGUCCAGGAGCGUGAUAGACGUCUUCAACGUGGGUUGA